GCAAGUUUAACAUUAUCACUUGUAAAUAAUAUAGAUAACCUUAAAGUAUUGCUAGCUAAUACUGAAAAACUACUAGAUUCUACUACUGAUGAAGAUGAACUACUAGAAGCAACUACUAAUAAUAAAUUACCCAAAGCAACUAGCACCAAUAAGCUACAAUGA